AUGGCGUCUACGGCGGCAGCGGCGGCAGAAGCGGCUGCUGCGAACUCUUCCGGAGAGAAAGUGGCAUCGGUGUCAACGUUGGCUUCCGCAAGGGUGGGUUUGGUGGCAGUAGCAAAGUCCUCCGCAGAGGCAACGGCUGCGGCAGCGACGGGGGCUUUCGUAGUGACGGCCGAUUCCUCCUUAGAUGCCCUAGCGGUGGCUCCGACGAAGGCGAGAGUUGGUUUGGCGGAGGCGGCGAAGUCCUCCGCAGAGGCUUCGGCGGCGACAGCGACAGAGGCUUUCGUAACCACGGGCAAUCCGUCCGCAGACGACGGGGCGGCGGCUGAGGCGAAGUCGGAGGUGGGUUUGGCGCCGGCGGCAAAGUCCUCCCGAGGGGCAACGGCGGCGUCAGCGACAGGGGUUAUCGUGACCACGGGCAACUCCUCCUUAGAUGCUGUGGCCGCGGCUAAGGCGAAGGCGGAAGUGGGUGUGGCACCGGAGGUGGAGUCCCCAAGAGAGACUGCCGGCUGGGGUGAAGGCGGAGGUGGUUUUGGCGCCGGAGGCGGAGUCCCCCGUAUAGGCAACGGCGGCGACAGCGACGGGGGCUGCCUUCGAAGCACGGCCAAAGCCUCCGUAGAUCCAAUAGCGGCGACUGAGGCGAAGGCGAGAGUGGGUUUGGCGGAGGCGGCGAAGUCCUCCGCAGAGGCUACGGAGGCGACAGCGACAGAGGCUAUCGUGACCACGGGCAAUCCCUCCGUAGAUGACGGGGCGGCGGCUGAGGCGAACGGCGGGGCUAUCGUGACCACGGGCAACUCCUCCUUAGAUGCUGUGGCCGCGGCUGAGGCGAAAGCGGAAGUGGAUUUGGCGCCCGAGGCGGAGUCGUCCGGAGAGGUAACGGCGGCGAUAGUGACGGGGGGGUUCGCAACCAUGGGCAACUUCUUAGAUGCUGUGGCGGCGGCUGAAGUGAAGGCAGAGGUGGGUUUGGGGGCGGCGGCCAAGUUCCCAACAGCGAAGGCGGCGGCGGCGGCGGCGGCGGCUGCUGCUUUCGUAGCGAUGGCAACGGCGGCACCUGCUUUCAUAACGAUAGCCAAAUCCUCUAAAGAUGCCCUGGUGGCCGCUCCGGCGCAGGCGGGGGUGGGUUUGGCGGCGACAGCGACGGUUGCUUUCGUAACGACCGCCGACUCGUCGAUAGAUGCCCUGGCAAGGGCUCCGGCGGAGGCAGGGGUGGGUUUGGUGGGGGCCGCGAACUCCUGCAGAGAGGCAACGGCGGCGGCGGCAGCGACGGGAUCUUUCGUAGUGACGGCAGAUUCCUCCUUGCACACCCUGGCAGCGGCUUCAGCGGAGGCGGGUGUGGGUGCGGUGGCGGUGACGAACUCCCCCGCGGAGGCCGCGGCGGCGGCGGCGGCGGCGGCAGAGGCGGAAGUGGAGGCUGCGGAGGAGCAGGUGGAGGCGGCGGCUUUUGCCGCGACCGCGACCCUCUCAGCAGAGGCGGCCGCUUUCACGGCGAAAUUCACAGACGCCUUCGCGGCGACAGCGAAUUCCUCCGCAAACAGGGCGGGCGGCGGUGGCGGUUGCCUUCACGAUAACCGAGAACUUCAACUGAGAUUCCCCGGCGGCGGUUGCGGCGGCGGUGGUGACAUGGGCUGCGAUUGUCGCGGCGGUGGCGAACUCCUUCGCCGAGGCGGUGGCCUGGGCUAUGGCGGAUUCCCGCAGAGACCACGGCGGCGGCGGUGGCCGUGGCUUUUCUGA